GGACUGUAGGGGAUGCGUCUUCAGGCAAGCAGGGCCGCAGCUGGGCACCAUGAGCUCCCUGCGUGCCCUUUCCGCUGCAGCGCUGGUGUCCCAGCCCGAGCAGGCUCUACAGGCCCUGGACAAUGUGGUCUACAGCCUCUACCCACUGCUCUUCAAGGCCAGCUACCAGCUGGAGCAGCCAGAGCUGGUGGCCACCCUGCUGGAGCGCUGGCCCCUGCCUGAGUUCCGGUUGGACAGCCUGCUGGGACCGAGUCCCGAGCAGCCCCAGGAUUUGCGGGACAGAGCGUGUCGAGUCUGUCUUCAGGCCUGCAUGCAGGGCCUGGCAGACAACGUGCGGGGUGGGGGGCCGGGGUGGCUGCGGGUGGCUGACCUCACAGGCCUGCGGGAUGUGCAGCUCCAGUGUUGUCCUUGCGGGCAGCCGCUAGGCCGCUGGGGCCGCACAGAGCUGCUAGCCAAGACCUGCUCUGGGCUACAAGUGGGGCUCCCUGUGGCUGGCCGCCCCAUCCAGGUCUGCACUGACCUCUUUGUCACCGACGGCAACUUCGAGGUGGUGGUGGGGGCGUUGAGCCUGGGGGACAAGGUCCCCCUGCGCCUGCAAUGUGUGUCCCUGCGGGCAGACAGCCUGGCGCCCGCACAGCUGCUACAGGUGCUGAGUCUGGUGGGCCCCGGGGGACUGCGGCGCCUGGAGGUGGUGCACAACGUGCGGCUGCAUGCUGGUCACGUGCAGCGGCUGCUGGCCCUGGGCCUCCCCCAGCUGACCGCACUCACGCUGCCCGCCAAAGCCUUCGACCCACCCCCCUCGAGCUCCCCGGCCCCUGGUGGCAGGGACCCCCUGCUCUGCUCCAUCGCCCAGGAGCUGAGCCACAUGAGCCAGCUGACAGAGCUGAGUAUGGCUUUCUCCACACUGACGGGGAGGAUCCAGACGCUGCUCAGCCCCCUGCAGACGCCCCUGAGAGCUCUGGACCUGGCCAACUGUGCCCUGAGCCACACCGACAUGGCCUUCCUGGCCAGCUGUGCCCAUGCCGCUCACCUGGAGGUGCUGGACCUCAGCGGGCACAGUCUGUUCCACCUGUUCCCCGCCAGCUUCUCUAGGCUACUGGGCCGGGCGGCCCCCACUCUGCGGGUCCUCACGUUGGAGGAGUGUGGCCUGGAGGAUGGACACGUGGGCAUGCUGGUGGCUGCCCUGGGCCCCUGCUGUCGGCUCCAGGAGCUGCGCUUCCUGGGAAACCCCCUGUCCGCCCGGGCCCUGGGGCACCUCUUCUCGGCACUGGCCGAGCUGCCACAGCUGCGGAGCGUGGAGUUCCCAGUACCCAAGGACUGCUUCGCAGAGGGCACUGCCUACCCCCAGGAUGAAAUGGCCUUGUCCAGAUUUGACCGGGAGAGGUACGCCACCAUCGCCCGGGACCUCCGGGCUGUGCUGCUACAAGCAGGCCGUGAAGACAUCCAGGUCUCCACGCCGCUCUUGGGCAGUUUCGACCCAGACAUUCAAGAAACAAGCCAUGAACUGGGAGUGUUCUUGCUUCAGGCCUUCAAAACCGCCCUGGAGAAGUUUUCCAGAGCACUGAAGCAGAUGGAGUAGGGGCCAUGGGAGGAGGGAGGGGUCAGCCUUUUUGCGGGGGGGGGGGGCACUCACACACCUGGAAGAGCUGCAGGUGUCUCGGGGCCUAGAUGCAUGUGGUCUCUGUUUAAAUGCACGUGAACUCCAUCCUGCACACUGUGGAAGGCCUUUGGCUGUGAAUGCAAAUGUGAACCUGGCUCUGUUCUGCUUGUA